AAAACUUUUAAGUGUCAUAUCAAAAGCAAGAGUGCAGUUGGUAGCAAUGUUGCCUUGCAGCAAAAGGUUCUGGGUUUGAAUUCUGGUCUGAGGUCUUUCUACAUGGAGUUUGCAUGUUCUCCCUGUGCAUGUGUGUGUUUUCUCCGGGUACUCCGGUUUCCUCCCACAGACCAAAAACGUGACUGUUAGGACAACUAGAGUCUCUAAAUUGUCAUUUGGUGGGAGUGUGUGCAUGGACUAUUAAGAAUAGUCCAAGAAUGGAGCCCUGAGGGACCUUUAGGUCAGGGGCCUCAAACUCAUGUUCAUUUUGGGGCGUGUUAAAAAUCUGAAUGUUCUUAACAUUCAUACAUUGUGCCAGAAUGUAUAGAUAAAACCCAUUAAACUGUCAAAAUAUCAAUAAACAGCAUUCAAUUCUUAAAGUCAGAGAGUAUUCAUCAUCUUUUCACACUGAUCAGUUCAUCCAGAAUUUCUUGAUUAUUUUUGUGGUUUUAUACAAUCAAAAUCACAGAUUUUGCAGUGCUAACUUAGAAAUAUUUGUAAGGAAUAUGUACAAUAUUUGCGCUAAUAAUAUGAUGCUAACUGUGACUUUUUAUUACUCGCCGUAUCAACCACGUACUAUAACUUGGCAGCAAGUAAAGCUGAGGCAGCAGUCACUUAGACUCAAUGUUUUGGGCCAAUUUUGAGAAAAAAAUUACAGUACAAUCAGAACAAAUGUGGAGACAAGUUGAUUUUGUGUGAAUUUCACAGAUUUGUGAAAAACUAGUGGGACUUAUUGAUGUAAUGUGGAGUUUAGAGGGCCACAUAAAAAGCUGCGGCGGGCCAGAUUUGGCCCCUGGGCCUUGAGUUUGACACAUAUUUGCAAGCUAAAAUUUCUAAUUGCAAAAGGAUUCACAGUAGUGUGUAGAGUGUCAACCUACAUUUAAAGUAUUUAAUGCCUAAAGUUGUUACUAUUCUAUGGUUUGUUAGUUCAAUAGUUUUAAUUCUAACUCAAAUACGUUAUGGUGCCUCACAAAGCAAGACUGAGACCAUUUCAAAGUGUUGCUAUGAGGCUAUAAACAAGAUUUCUGACAAAUAAGAGCAACUUAAUUAAUAUAUUUCUCUAACUCAAAUUAAAAGUAAAGGAAGGUCUGUGCAGGCUUCUUCAUUUUACAUAUUUUUUGAUGCUACGGGACAGAAUUUGUCUGUGUUUGUUUCUGUGUUGGCCCUUUAAUGACCUGUCAAACUAAUCAGGGCCUUGCUUCUCCAAACUGGUGACAGCAUUCAGCCCCCUAACAAAUAAUUGCCUGUCUGAUGCUGCUCUUGCACUUUAUUAAUUCUAAUCUCCUUAAGUGCCUCCUUAAAACAGAUUAAUCAUAAAAAAAAUGUCAAUAAACCUAUCAGUUGUAUGGUGUGAACUACAUCACGAUUGGCUAAUUCAAAUUUGACACUUUUUAAAAGAUAAAUGAAGAAUUCUGUAAUACUCAGUCCUCUGGUUUACAUUUUCAAAAUUUAGUGCCCGAUGGUAUUUAUUUCAACUUUAUUUAAACAUUUUAGACUACAUAAUUAUGCUUAAUGCCACACAUCAAUGUAUUAUUACACACAGACCACUUGUAUUACUAUAUGUCACGUAUUUGCUAAAUUUGCUGUAGCUGCCAACUUCCAGUUGAAUAUGCUGUGCUUUGUGGAGUGUUUGAAUGACUCAAUAAUUACCCAAAGGAAAACUUGAAUAUUUCUUAAAAGAAAUAAAAAUGCACUUUUCAGAUUUUUACAUAAGUAAUAGGUGCUGCUGUUGCAUCAAAUAACAAUAAAAUAAAUGGAGUUUGGUGGUAAUGUGAUCAAAUAUAAUGAAGUUAAAGUAUUAUGAGUACUUUUUAAAUGCUCAUUUAACUGUUGGAAGCCAGCAGGGGACGCUUGCAGGCCUUUAUUUUAAACGGUUAUAUUUCUUUUGUGUCAAUUUUCUACAAAAACAAAAUCCAACGGGGCAUAACGGUGCAAAGAUGUCCAGCUUUUCUCCAACAGAAAUGAAAAUAUUCAAAUUGUUUUAACAACAUGCACUUAAUAUGCACUCGUAAUUGGACAAAACAACGUCCAAUACAAGUUUUGUAUUGAACGACAUUGACUAAUCGAUUGCGUUUGGGUCAGAAACAGUGCAAAGGCAGCAGCGUGGUGGAGAGUUAGAGCAACAGAGAGCCGACCUGCUGCAGUUGUGUGAGGGCGCCGCUGGGUGAGACUGAGUCCCUCUCUCGGCUGCUUCGGUCUCCACUGCUCCCUUUUCCCAAAGAAAAGAAGAGGAGAUCUAGGUCCGGGGAGGAGGAGGGCCGCCGCCGCCAUUAUCGGAAAGCUGAGAGAAAUUUCGCUUUCACACGCGCGAUCGGCUCCUAAAAUUGGCCAGGACAUGAAGGAUCCGUGUUGCAGCAGGAGCACAUUUCACCGGAGACACCGGGGCGAUUACAACAAACUCACUGUUGUCUGGUGUGCGACACCGGCCCAGCGUUAUUAUGUGGCCACAACAAUGGACAGAAUAAUGAUUGAAAAAGCAACGUGGUGAACCGAGAGGAAGACGUCUGGAGCAGACUUUCUUUUCUUUUUUUCUUCUUCUUUUUUUUUUACACGCCCGAAUUUCGCAGGCGGAAAACCUCCCUUUUGCAAGAAUAGUCCUGGACAUAUUUAUUUCUUCCCGGCGUUUAAAUGCAACAAUAAAAAAAAAAAACAACCCAAAAAACCCAACAUUUUUGCAACAAAAAAAAAAAGGAAGAAGAAGGGGGCGAGAAUCCAGACAUGUGUGAUGGGGAUUCAUUUCCACUGACCACGCCAUACGCAGCGUUGUGAUAUCAGUGUUAUUUGGGAGCAGUUCCUGGCGUUUAUUCUGCGGCUUUUGCUUAUGCACAUCAGGCGGCGGCGAGGGCUGCGGCAAGCGCUGGCCUGACAGAUGCGAGAGGAGAAAGGGGAGAAACGCGAUGGAUGUGACUCUUAUAAGGAAUGAAUGAAAGGACCUGCUGCUCUUAUCACUGCACUGUUAUUUAUUAUAUCUGACGCCCAGCAGAAGAAGGAGCAAUCUGAUCUGUUCUGUGGAUCAGCAGUAUACGGACGAGCAUAUUAGUGAUCUCUUUUAUUCAGUGCCUAUUUGUGGCAGGAUGAGUUUCGAAAGGCUAUGAUGGCGAAAAAGCAAGAUGCACGAUCGCCCAUUUACAACCUCAUUGUGGUGGGUUUGUCUGGAACAGAGAAGGAGAAGGGGCAAUGUGGGGUGGGCAAAUCCUGCCUGUGCAAUCGGUUUGUGCGACCCAGUGCUGAUGAUUUCUACCUGGACCACACAUCAGUUUUAAGCACCAGUGACUUUGGGGGUCGUGUAGUUAACAAUGACCACUUUCUAUUUUGGGGGGAGGUGUCUCGGGUCCUGGAGGAGGGCCCUGAGUGCAGGAUGCAUGUUGUGGAGCAAACUGAAUUCAUAGAUGACCAGACAUUUCAGCCACACCGUAGCACUGCUAUGCAGCCCUAUAUCAAGCGAGCAGCUGCGACCAAGUUGGCCUCGGCAGAGAAACUCAUGUACUUCUGUACAGAUCAGCUGGGUUUGGAGCAAGACUUUGAGCAAAAGCAAAUGCCAGAGGGGAAACUGCAGGUUGAUGGUUUCCUGCUUUGUGUUGAUGUGAGCCGUGGCAUGAACCGUAACUUUGAUGACCAGCUGAAAUUCGUCACAAACCUUUAUGGCCAGCUCAGCAAGACCAAGAAGCCCAUUGUGCUGGUGCUGACCAAAUGUGACGAAGGUGUUGAACGCUAUAUCAAGGAUGCGCAUACUUUUGCAAUCACAAAGAAAAGUCUCCCAGUAGUCGAGACUUCUGCUCGCUCAAAUAUUAAUGUGGAUCUAGCCUUCCUCACGUUGGUUCAACUUAUUGAUAAGAGCAGGGGCAAACCCAAGAUCAUACCUUAUUUUGAAGCCCUGAAACUCCAGAGUCAGCAAAUAGCUUCAGCCAAGGAUCGCUAUGAGUGGCUCAUCAACCGUAUUGUCAAAAAUCAUAAUGAGACUUGGUUAAAUGCCAGUCGACGAAUGAACAACUCACCAGAGUACAAAGAAUAUGUUUUCUUGGAAGGAACAGCUAAAUGCAAAAAGCUUUUUCAACAGCACGUCUACCGCCUGAAGCAAGAGCACAUCGAGAGGCGUCGCAGGAUAUACCUUAGCACUCUCCCUUUAGCACUUAGUUCACUGGUGCCGGAUCUCGAUGAAAUAGAUCAGCUGAGCUGGUCUGGAGUGCAGAAAGUACUGGAGUCCAAGCAACACUUUACUCACUGGUUUGUCGUUCUGGAGGAUUCUCCAUGGGAAGACACAUCUCACAUAGACAACAUGGAGGAUGAGCGAAUUCCCUCAGACCUACUGGAGACUGCUGAAGCAGAAGAUAUAUUCAAUGCCCAUCUGGAACAUCUAAGAAAUGAAUGUAGACGUGCAGAAAUAAGACAGGAGUUUAAGCAAAAGUUAGCAUCCUCACCCUUUGUCACGCCCGGCAAACCAUGGGAGGAGGCCCGCAGCUUCAUCAUGAAUGAGGAGUUUUAUCAGUGGCUUGAGGAGCCAGAGUACUUGGACCUGUACAACCGCCAUCAAAAGGAGAUUAUUGAUCGUGCUAAAGAAGACUUUCAGGAGCUUCUGCUUGAAUACUCUGAGCUUUUUUAUGAGCUUGAAGUGGAUGCCAAGCCUAGCAAAGAAAAGAUGGGAGCAAUUCAGGAGGUUCUGGGAGAGGAGCAGAGGUUUAAGGUGCUGCAAAAGCUUCCUGCUGAAAGAGAUGCCCUUGUGCUGAAGCAUAUUCACUUUGUCUAUCACCCCACCAAGGAAACGUGCCCCAGUAGCCCUCACUGUGGAGACUCUAAGAUUGAGCAGCUCCUAGCAUCUCGUUUUCCCACCUGUUACCCCUUCUUCGAUGUGAAAGCUCAUUUUGGGGACACCAAAGCUGAUAGAAUUAAUUUGGUCAUCCUAGGUAAGGAUGGGUUGGCCAGAGAAUUUGCCAAUGAGAUUAGAGCUCUGUGCACAAAUGAUGACUGGUAUGUUUUAGACGGGAAGAUGUAUGAGUUGACACUGCGGCCUAUUGAGGGGAAUGUACGUCUUCCAGUAAACUCCUUCCACACCCCCACAUUUACCCCUCAUGGAUGUCUUUGUCUGUAUAACUCAAAAGAUUCUCUAUCUUAUGUGGUAGAAAGUCUUGAGCGACUUAGGGAAUCAACUCUAGGUCGAAGGGAUAGCCAGCUGGCUCAACUGCCAACAUCCGUCCUUUUAGUCACUAAAAGAGGGGUGGGCUCAUAUGUUGAUAUAGGUGGAGACACUGCCUUAAACCUAAUAACACAGGGACAACAAGUUGCAAGGAGACUACAGUGUAGCUUUUUAGACCCAGCCUCCCCCGGUGUGGGCUAUGGGCACAAUGUAAAUGAGACUCAGAUCAAUCAGGUGCUGAGAGGCCUUCUUGAUGUUAGAAGGAGCACAUCUUUUAGUAGCAGCUCCCCACCUCUCCUCCCUGAGCCUCCCGGUAUCCGAGACUCUCCACAUCAGCCAGCCCAAGAGGCAGACCUACGCAUUGUCAUGUGCUUAAUGUGUGGAGACCCCUAUGACAUUGAACAGCUCCUGUCUCCUUUCCUGAUGCAUCAGCAUUGCAGACCUAUGUCAAAUAGUGGCACUUCUGUGUUGUUAGAGCAGACUAUUGGGGGGCACAAGCUGGCUAUAGAGCUUUCUCUCCUCUCAUAUCAUGCCUCGUUCACUUUAAGGAAGAGCAGGUUAGUGCACGGCUAUAUUGCAGUGUACUCAGUCACCCGGAAAGCUUCCCUGGAGACCCUGUGUGCAUUCUUAUGUGAGGUUCAGGACAUUAUCCCCGUUCAGCUGUUGGCAGUAGGAGAUAGUCAGGCCGAGCUCACUGACAGCGACUUUGCCUGUGAACAGCUGAUUCAGGGGGAGGAGCUGGCCCAUGAGAUCGAGGGUCGUUUCAAUAGUGUGGUUUGUGGAUCCGGGGGAGUGGUGGGAGGCCUGCACAGAAUAGAAAUGUUUCAUUCAUUUCUGAUGGAGGUGGUAGAGAAGCGCAACAUCGUGGAGGCCACACAUAUGUAUGACAAUGUUGCAGAAGCUUGCACCGGUGAAAAUGUAUACUCCCCGCGCUGCAUCUCUCCCAGUCCUAUGACCAUGUUUGUGGAUUCAGAGGAUGACGUAGAGCCUUCUCCACCGUAUUACGAUGGCACUCUCUCCUCUCAUGGUGGCGGCUUCAACAUGCCUGACUUGGACUCCAGUGACAUCUCUGUCAUAUCUGAGAUCAGAGACUUUGAAAAUAAGCUCAACAACAAAAUACCCCCCCAAGUGAGAGUAAAACCAGGUGUCACUUUUGACUUCCGGAAGGUUGGCCGUAGUCCCUACAUUGACACCUUAGGUCAUCGUCGGUCCCUGCCCUCUGCUGUUACCUGGGUACCUGGUGGAGAUGUGGGUUACGACCCCUCAGACUAUGCCGAACCCAUUGAUGCCGUCUCAAAACCCCGCCCUAGCAACGAAGAAAUCAUCUACUCAGUUCCACAUGACAGCACGCAGGGCAAAAUCAUUACCAUCCGCAACUCCAACAGGAUGCAUUCAAAUGGAAACGGCUCAGACAGCGAGGCAGACAGCAGCUCUUUGGAGAGAAGGAGGAAGUUCUCUGCAAUCGGAGUGAAGCCCCGACUGUACCGCGACCGCUCGAAGCGGCUGGGCAAGUUCAGCAGUUUCCGUACAAGCUUUAUAGGCAGCGACGAUGAAAUGGGAGCUCUGUCAAAGUCCAAAGAAGAUGACUUUGGGACUUUGAAAGGUGACAGUCUUGUUAACGAGGAGAUUGAGGACCCAAAGAAGAGGAACAUUCUGAAGAGCCUCAGGAGAACAGCCAAGAAAACAAGACCAAAGCCGCGUCCAUCGAUUCCCAAGCCCAUGGAGAGCUGUUACUUUGGAGUGCCGCUAGCAAGUGUCGUUUCCCCAGACAGACCAAUUCCACUUUUCAUAGAGAAGUGCGUCCACUUCAUUGAGAAAACAGGCCUGAACACAGAGGGUUUGUACCGUGUGAGUGGCAACAAGUCCGAGAUGGAGAGCAUGCAGAAGCAGUUUGAACAGGACCACGGAUUAGACCUGGUGGAGAAAGACUUCGCCAUAAACACUGUGGCUGGAGCUCUCAAAAGCUUCUUCUCAGAGCUGCCUGAGCCCCUGGUGCCUUGUGCUCUGCAGGUGGAGCUAUUGGACGCUUUCAAAAUCAUGGACCGAGAGCAGAGGCUGUAUGCCAUGAAAGACGUCCUGAGGAAGUUUCCUAAGGAGAACUACGACGUCUUCAGAUAUGUAGUGAGCCACUUGAACAGGGUGAGCCAGCUGAGCAGACUGAACCUAAUGACCAGCGAAAACCUGUCCAUCUGCUUCUGGCCCACCCUCAUGAGGCCCGACUUCACCACGAUGGACGCCCUAACUGCCACGCGCACCUACCAGACAAUCAUCGAGACCUUCAUCCACCAGUGUGCUUUCUUCUUCUACAACCAGCCGCUGAUCGACUCCCCGACGGGCCUCGGGGGCCUCCCCGCCUCGCCCACCACCACCCUGGGCGGGAGCUCCGCCUACUCCUGCUACCGCUCCUCGCCUCCGCACACCGCCGCGCACUUCAGCCCCCUGCAGCAGUCUCCGCCCACCACGCCGCAGUCGCCCCUUCAGUCCCUGCUGCCGCCGCUCCACCAGCACCCCCACGCCCACCAUUCUCCUGCUGAACAAGAGACACUGUGAGAGACGAUGACACCGUGUGUGCCCAUGAUGACGCUGGACCUUGUCACCGCUACACACAAACACAUUCAGACACGAGAAAAACAAAAAGAAAGCAAAGCUAAAUCUCAAACAUGGACAAACCUAGGUUAGGUGGGAGUGUGGGGGGGGUUGCAGGAAGUGAUGGUGGUCAUAGUUGUGUGAAAUGUGGCAUGCUUCCAUUAUCAGUGAGGCGGGCGGAGGACGCUGCAAGGCUACACUACCAAGAAACCUCCAACCCACGCUGGACUGAAUGAUUUUCAUUUUUUAUGUGUAAUAUUAAUUUUUCUUAAAGUACCACCACUGGAUUUAUGGACCAGCCCCCCCUGUAGGUCCGUAGGGCAGCAGUUUGUUACAUAGAAGCAGAAGAUUAUCGUCUGCGCUUUUUUUUUUUUUUUAAAAGGCAUUUCUCAUGUUGCUCUAUUUGAGGGGCUCAGCAUGCUGGGAAAGGAAAGAGGGUGGGGUAUCACAUCCAGGGAUGCACUUUAACAAUCACUGUUUUUCUUUGCUUAUUUUUGUUUGUUUUAAUUUCUCAGCUCAAACAGCCAUACGUACCAUUGCCUCAACCGAGCUCUGGCAGAUCAAACUUUGUUUACAUCAUGUUUUUUUCCUUUUUUUAAAAAAAAAAUCCACAGACCUAUCUGAAGCACUUUUUGAUAGUGUAGUAUUAAAUAUGAAGAAAUGCCACAUAGGUUAAUUAUCCAUAAUGUUUGUUUUUAGUGGCUGAAUGUGGCACAAGUUCAGAGUCUUUUUGUAGAAAAAAACAAAACAACAACAACAAAAAAAGCAAAGUUAGUCUUCUAAUUAGAUCCAGUUGUCCCAGCUGUUUUGGGUUGUGAUGGAAAGUCUGAAUCUGCUUAAUGUUCCUCAUUCAUCCAUACAUGUGAGGAAAAUAAGGAAAAAGAAAUUCUUCUCAUCUUCUAGCUGUUUGUUGAUCCAAGUGGAUGUUUAGGGGCUUUGUUUUUUUUUUUUUUAUCCGACAUCAGUUGAAGGAGAACUGUUGCCAUGUUGAAUGUGUAACCUAGUCGCAUCAUCAUCAUCCUCAUCAUCGUCAGCCGGUGUCCAUGGAAACGAAAAUGCUUGAAACGCGAUAGGCAGCCCGACGCGUCGUCGUGCUGUCUGUCGACCCCCAGCUCCUUGUCUUCAUGUCAUAUUAAGAACCUUUAACCGGGUCUGGGAUCUUUACUGUUACUGCAGGUUCUGCUGAAACGGAACCUGGUUGGAGAGGAAGCGAAACCCCUGCUGCGGUUGGGACCCGUUCGGGGAGCGUCUGCUCACCGUUUUCAGAGGCAGCUCUGCAAAAUGAAGGCCCUCUGACUAAAACCUUAUGAACUUUUAACAAGAAAGUAGCCUGCUGUCUUUCAAAUGCGAGGAUUGUAGCACUGUCUUUUGGUUGCGUUUGCAUCGGGCUCAUCUGUUUUACUGGUACUGUUGGGGAUUAUCAUUUUUGUGUUCAACAGACUGGAACAAGGAAGAAAAGAAAAAAAAAUGAAGUGUUUUUCUCAGACUGCCCUGAGCUUGAAGCUUCGACCAUUCAGACCAACAUGAUACCUGGGAGUGUAUAAAUAAUAUUGCUGCAUUAUUUGGCUUUCAGCAAAAAAGGAAAGAAAAAAAAUAAAUAAAGAGAGAGGAAAAAAUACCUGACCAAAUGUGCCGUUGGAAGGAUCAACGAGUGGGUGCACACCACGUCUCCGUUAUGGUUGUUUAUUUGUACGUUGUGGGGAAGGGGGAGGGAGGGACGCCGCCCUUUAGUUGAUGGUAGAAAAAAUUUCUAGUGUGUAUUUCAAUUAUUGGAGGUUCCUUUUUACGAUUUUUGUGAAUGGUUUAAAAGGCCACUUAAAAUUAGUGCAUGAUUUAAAAAAAAAAACAAAAAAACGAAAGAAAUAAAAAAAAAAAACAUAAUACCACACAAGAAGGGAGGAGGAUAAAUGCCCUCUUUCUGUUUUUAAAACAUGAAGUAAGUGUGAGAACAAGAAUUGAUUUAGCUGAAAAGGUUCAUGUAUUGUGUGCACCAGGAGCAAACGGUGGAAUUUGUCUGACCGAGAACGUUUGAAUAUGAAGGCCUUAUGUGAACUGUAUAAUAGUUAAUAAAUUAAAUCUUGUAAAAUUUCC